GUGACCCCGCUGGCGCGGGGCAUGUGGAAGUUCGCGCCGCCCCCGCCGGGGCCAGCCAGCGGGGUACGCACGGCGGCGGGGACGGUGGCGCGCGGCGCGGCUUUCUGCUGGGGGAGGGAGGCCAGCAUGGCGGCCUCUGCGUGGCGCCUCGAGGCGACGCCGAACGAGCAGGAGGCGAUCGAGAGGCCGGACGUUGUCGCGCGCUACCGAUCCAGGGACGCCGCCACUGGGCGCGUGUGGGGCAUGCCCAGCGCCUUCGGCCGUGGCCAGUGCCUGGGCUGCCCCGCGAAGUGCGCCCCGCCCAGCACCAGGUGCCAGGCCUGCCAGCUGGUGCGCGCCAGGGGAGCGCCGAUGCAGGCCGACCAGUUGAGGGCCCUGCGGCUGGCGCUGGACGGGGCGCCGCUGGCGAGGCAGCCCGACGUCGCCCGGCGCCUCCAGGGGUUGUAUUCCAAGCUGCAAGGCGGGCAGAUCCCGGAAGACGCGCAGGCGCAGCUCCUGCGCGCCGCGGGCGCCAUCGGCUCCGGCGACGCUGCGGCGGCCAGGAGGGCCUGCGCCGAGCUCAGCGCGGAGCACUGGGACCAGCACAAGGACUGGCUCCGGGGCCUCCGGUGCCUCGCCAGCGCGAGGUGA